AUGGAUCAGGCAUCUCCGUUACCUUCACCUGUUACGGUUGUCCGUUCGUCAUCUUUCAGUCACUUAUUGUCCAGCAAUAAAAGACGUGGUAGAUCAAAAACCGUUACAGAAACGAAAAAUAGCCCAUCUGAUUUGAAUACUCAGCUAUUUCGACAAGACAUACCUCAGCCAACCACAACUACCACCAACAUUACGGCAACAACGACCACCGGUGCUUCAAAAAAGCCUUCAAUAUCUAGACAGAAAUCUCUCUCAGAAUUAGUCAGUCGUGUAAAGAAAUAUUCGUUAAGGCACUCUAACAGCAUUUCUCGAAAGCAUCAGUCAGAGGACUACAAGCAGACCGCAACCACGCCAUAUCCUUAUUCAUCCAAAGCCGAGGAUUACGACAUACUACGAACCAUCGGGUCCGGGGCAACUGCCUCCGUCUAUUCAGCCAUUCAUAAGCCUACUGAUUCAGUUAUUGCUAUCAAAACUGUUCAACUGGAAGAAAUUGGCUUGGAUGAUUCACGCUUAGAAUCGCUGAGAAAAGAGAUACAAAUCAUGACACUUUGUCGACAUCCUCAUUUAUUGCAAGUCUAUCAGAGUUUCGUACACGCAUCACAACUUUAUAUUGUUACACCCGUAAUGACUGCCGGCUCUUGUCACGACUUGCUAGCCAGAUGUCAUAAAGUCGGCUUCACAGAAAAUAUCGUGGCUUGUAUAAUUAAGCAAGUCGCUCAGGGUCUAGCUUAUCUUCACAGUAAUGAGUUGGUGCACAGAGAUAUCAAAUCUGCUAAUAUGUUGUUAGAUUUCGAUUCGGGUAUCGUUAAAUUAGCGGACUUUGGAGUUAGUAAUCAUCUAUUAAGCAAUCUUGCCGAUAUACCGAAACAUACGAACUUCUUUCUCAAAAAUCACUUGCAAAGCAAGAAACAGCAACAGCAACAGCAACAGCAACAUCAACAUCAACGCAGUAGUAGUAGUCAAUCAGAGUCGGUGUUAUCUUCACCUGACAGUACAACAGUUGAUGGCAUCACAGAAGGUUUUCGGUCCCUUCUGCCAGCACGACACUUGAAUUUUCACGCGCCAACAUCACCACAACACUCUUCUUCUUUGCUACAAAUACCCAAUCACAAUAUACCCAAAAAAGCAAGGAGGUCUUUUGUCGGUACACCUUGUUGGAUGGCUCCUGAAAUCUUGAUGAAUCAAGAUUACGAUACAAAAGUAGAUAUAUGGUCGCUUGGUAUUACUUCUAUCGAGUUGGCCUGUGGUAAACCUCCUUUUGCUGAAUUUGAUCCAAUAACUAUCUUCUCCAUGAUUGUAGACGAUCCUCCACCUACUUUAUAUAGCAAUCAAUGCCGCUAUAUCCCCAGUCCAACUAUUCAAGACUUCAUUGACAAGUGUUUGGACAAGAAUCCACAGACUCGUAUGUCAGUCAGUGACGUAUUAAAUCAUUCAUUCAUCAAGAAAGCACAAGGCCCGUCAUUACUACAAAAGUACUUUUCAAAAAGACCAGAAUUAGAUAAACGAAGUUAUUUGAUGACAAGGUCCAACAGCCAUCAGAAAAAAGCCGCAUUGCUGCAGCAGGACAAGAACACUACCUACUAUAAUAGCCAUUCAUCUUCAAAUGGCGACGAGGACGACGAAGAUUCUUGGGACGAACUCGAAUUCCUACAAACUACUUGGGAUUUCAGUGCUUCUACUGCUGAAAAGGAUACCACAGCCACUAUAACACCUUCUUUUGCACAACAAUCAGGUACUGCAACGACAGCUCCUCCACCACUUAUUACUCUCAAACCUCCACCUGUACAUACGAAAUAUUUGCAAAGGAAGAGGCGUAGUAGCAGCAGCGGUUCUUCUCAUGUUUAUUCGCCUAUUACGCCGAAAGAUAACGACGAACCUACUGCUGACCCUUACUACUGGAAUGUCAAACCGACACAUCAGGCUAAAAAAGUAACGUUUUUCGGUCAAGAUGGACAGAAGCAAAAAGAAAAGAGAUCUUUAAUGAUAACAGAAGAUUACUAUUAUGAUCAGUAA